CUCUCCCCAGCCAGCAGCGCCACGGCCCUGCCCUGGGUUCUGUGCCCUCCUAGGGACAGCGCAGAACCACAGGGGAAACAGGAAAAUGGUGAUAGAAACAAAAAUAUGUAGUGAUUCUCUCAAUACUGGGUUUGCACAGUAAAUUACAAAGGUGCAAGGAAAACAGCCCCGAAACCAUACUUUAAGGAAAUCAAGGGUUUUUUGUUGUUGUUUGAUUCCUUUAAGUCCUUGAUUUUCAAAUAUCAAAUGUUUUUGUCCAGGGCUCUUUUCAUGGAUUUACCUUUCUUUGAUGCAAUAAAAUCACCGCAGUAGACUUUUAAGCGGAAGCUUUUAGCAUCGCGCAGUGUCUCCCAAGUAUGACCACACUGGAUUCCCCUGUGAUGGUUUUUAUUAUUGUCGGGCCGCGAAGGUGAACCCUCGGUGCCUCCAAGGCUGACGGGCAGUGAAGGGAUGCCGAGGCCAUGCGGCCGCCUGCUUGUCACGGGGUGGCCUUUGGUUUUCGCAAAGGAUCCAAAUUGGGAGCUCCGUAACGGUGGCUCUUUUCCAGAAGAAUCUCAUUCCCAAAAGGGGUGAGGUGGAAAACCACACCCCAUCUGUCUCAUCUUCUCAGUGACUGAAAUAUGUGUGGAGAAAAAUGAGUCUUUAAAAUAUCACCCAACUCCUGAAUGGUAUAGAAAUACUGCAAGCUCUCAUCUUAAGCGGAUUCACUUUUAUUUUUUAGACUCUGUCAUUCAUUCUCAGAUCUCAGCAUGAAUAAAGAGAAGGUCUUCCAGAUGUAUGAUUCAUUCCAUGGGAUAGCCAUCUAGCCUUGUUCAUUUUUGAUUUGUGUGGUCACUUUUGCCCUGAGACUGUACAAUUGACAGAUUUCUGUUCACAUGAAAAAUGGACCCGCGUGUCUUUGGAUUCUUCCCCAGGGCGGUGGGGGAAAGCCUGAGCGGCGUGGGCUUGUUUCAGUGGGAAAACAUGACUGAGCCACUUAAAAUUUUUACAUUCAAACAGCCAGUGACUGCUUGUAUUUCGAAAUAUGCUGUACUUCAAAAUGUUGAUCUCAAGUGUGAAAAGGAAAGUUCUGAUGAACAACAAGUUAGUCUUGAAAGCCUAAGAGUGGAUCAGAAGAACAUUUAACACACUCAGGAGGUUUAGCCUCUCCCUGGGACGUGCCCGGAAUGCAGAAUGUGAAUGCAAAACCCACGUGGCUUUUCCCAAAGGAAUUUUUAGAAAGUAAGUUUCAAUCUGAUUUUAAUGGCAAAAUGGCCACAAAGAAACAUGAUAAAAAUGCCCUUGGCCCCAGCAGUCCCCGGGGGUCUGGAGGAGAGUGGAAAGCUCCUGUUCCGUCCGUGCCCCCGAGAGCCGUGCGACAGGCGCCGUCAGGUUCCUGCUUUAGAGAAGUGCAGGGACAGCUGCAGGGGCAGCCACCUGCCUUCACCCACCUGUUGCAGAAUCACAGUUGACGGUCUGGACAAAGCGUCCAUCGCGAACGCCGAUGGCCCGGCAGCCGGUGCCCAGACGCCACCCUUCAAGCGGAAGGGGAGGCUCUCCACCAUCGGGAAGAUCUUCAAGCCCUGGAAAUGGAGGAGAAAGAAGACCAGCGACAAGUUCAGAGAAACCUCAGCAGUGUUAGAAAGGAAGAUAUCCACAAGACAAAGUAGAGAGGAGCUGAUAAGAAGGGGAGUUCUUAAGGAAUUGCCUGAUGAAGAUGGAGACGUAACAGUUAACUUUGAAAGUUCAAAUGGGCACCUGGUACCCAUCGGAGAGGAGACCUCCCGGGAGGAAAAUGUAGUGAGGCCUGAAGAGGGUGACGGCCCCGCAUCCAGAAAGGCAACGCUGCUCCACGACCAGGCAGAAGACGGGAAAGAGAACACUGAACACCGCUCUGAAACAGCGGCAGCUCCUGCACCACCUCCUGCAGCUCUUCCUAAGCCUAAGCCCAAACCUAAACCCAAAAAAACACCUGUGCCUCCAAAAGGGGCUGCUACUGCGGCCAGUCACAGGGCCGGCGAAGUGCCUCCCGGUAAAAACACAGCCAAGGCUCCUGGUAAGCAGGCCCCCGCCCCUCCGCCCAAGCCAGCGAGCCGGAAUGCCACCCGCGAGGCGGCCGCUGGCUCCUCGCAUUCCAAAAGAACCACAGGCUCCAAAGUAUCGGCUUCACCAUCCACCCCGUCCACCUCGAGUCGCCCCAGAGCUUCCAAGGAGACAGUUUCCAGCAAAACAGGGACAGUGGGGACCACAAAAGGCAAGAAAAAACCUGGCAAGCCGUCGGCCUCCCGACCGUCCGCAGAUGCCACCUCUUCCAGCUCGACUGACCUUCCAGGGGACCUCUUGGAAAUCGGAGGGGAGGGUCUGCAACCCGAGCUGAUUGUCCCUGAGGGGCAGACCCCUGGCAAAGCCAAGCCAGGGGACCCUGCGCCCCCUGAGGCUCCUCUGCCCCCCGCCCCGGCCCAGCCCCCCGAGGAUGGGUGCUUGGCUGCCCCAGCACCCCCAGCCGUGCUGCUCAGCGAGGGGACAGACCCUCCCACCCCUGCCCUGGACACAGGCCCACCUCACUGGACCGAAGGCCCCACGAGCAGAGCCACUGUCCACCCCGAUGCCAGCUCACCUGGAGGCGGAGAAAGCGCAGGAUGCUUCACGACCAGCGCAGAGCUGGGGAAGGCGACGCCUCGGCUGCUGGUGCCCGGGCUGGAGGACGGGGGGCCACGGGAGAGCCUGGCCAGCGACUCCGAUUCGGACGGGCCGGUUCUGUACACUGAUGACGACGACGACGAGGAUGAGGACGGCAGCGGAGAGAGUGCUUUGGCGAGUAAAAUACGACGGAGGGACACUCUGGCCAUCAAGCUUGGCCACAGACCGUCUAAGAAAGAACUAGAGGAUAAGAACAUCCUCCAGCGCACAUCCGAAGAGGAGAGGCAAGAAAUCCGACAGCAGAUUGGAGCCAAGCUGGUCAGGAGACUCAGCCAGAGGCCCACGACGGAAGAGUUAGAGCAGAGGAACAUUCUGAAACAGAAGAAUGAAGAGGAAGAGCAAGAGGCGAAGAUGGAGCUCAAGCGCAGACUCAGCAGGAAGCUCAGCCUGAGGCCCACGGUGGCGGAGCUGCAAGCCCGGCGGAUCCUGCGGUUUAACGAGUACGUGGAGGUCACGGACUCCCCCGAGUACGACCGUCGGGCGGACAAGCCCUGGGUGCGGCUCACCCCGGCGGACAAGGCCGCAAUCAGGAAAGAACUCAAUGAAUUUAAAAGCACAGAAAUGGAAGUUCAUGAAGAGAGUCGGCAGUUUACAAGGUUCCAUCGUCCCUAGUGACACGCGAGACCUCUUGGCAGCGUCGACUGAUCCUCGCCGGGGGAAGCACCACUUCCUGAAUGCCGGAUACUGCACUGGCUGUGAAAGUGUGCGUUUCCGUUUACCUUGGGGGAAAGGAGGGGUGAGGCUUGGCUUUGUUGGAAAACGCUUUUGCCUGGUGCCCAGUGGGGCCACGGGCCAAGGGACGGGCGCACCCACCCCUGCUGGCCAGCCGUGUGCCCCUGCCAAGGGACCCUGUGGCUACAAGAGCCAUUCAUCAUCGGGGUGUCCACCCAGGAAGAUGAGCAGAAAGAAGACAAUCGCCGGCUCCCAGCUACUGGAACGCCAAAUGUUGUAGAGCGAGUCAAAGGAAAGUGGGGGGUGGAAUUAUGGCUGGGCAGGCAGUGGCGGGGGAGGGAGUCGGAAAUCAGAAUCAAAGUAUUUCAUUAUGUUAAUGAAGACGAGAAAUUGAAGCAUAAACGUAUUUUUGAAGUAGGCAUCGGGUAGCUGAGAACUUACUAAGAUUUUGGGAUCUGAUCACCCAACCUGGAUUUCUUAGAGACCUGGUCCAGAAGACUGUUUUCACUUCACUGUUGUUUUGGUCCAAUAUAAUCCCAUUAAUUUAUGUUGUGCCAGUGAACCCAGUUGCCAGAAAUAAGUCUUGGGUGUUUUCAUGCAUCUUUCUCUUCCAGGUGGGAGCCUUCUAUUGAGUCCUCACAGGCAUGCUCCCCCGUUUUGUUGCAUGCUUUAUGUAGCACAGCUGUACACACCUGGCAUUUUUUUGUACCCCUCACCUAGUGUACAGCCUUCUCCAGUCAAAGCAGGACUCGGGAUAAAGCCAGAUGUAACGUGGCCCUAUAAAACUGUAGCAAGCUUUAGAAAUAAACCUUUUGGUCUUUUACUUGGUUAUUGCCAAAGUAGUGACCAACACACUUGAGCCAAGGGAGCGGCUAUCAGCAAUCACGGCACCGUUUAAAACUCCAAAUCCAAAGGUAAAACUUAAGCCAGUUUCAAUGUGCUGAGUCCUGAGUGGGAAUGAUAAGGACGACUUCUUUUUCUCAGUGCUGCAUUAAGUUGAAUUGCUGCUAUUUUAAAAUAAAGAAGCACAUAGAUUUUUAAAAAUACCCAAAGACUUAGAAGAAUACAGAAAAUUUCUGCUACGUUGUUUGUGUGGAAAACUUCAUCUUGUACUUAGAAUCUGCAGAUUGCAUCCUGGGCGGGUUCCUUAUGAGCCGGUGGUCAGUGCUGUCUACACUGCACGCACCCCUGUCCUCCUAGCUCUUUUCUAUGGGGUCCCAGGCACAGGAUAACUUCUCUCCCAAAUACAUAUGCUCACCCAUAAAGUAAGUCCAACCUUUAUUCCUUUCAGUGUUAGGACUCCUACCUUGCACUUAGUUUUUUGUUCACACUUAUUUUGUGCCCCUUCUAUUAAAACACGUGAAGUGUACAAGAAGAAGACAAGAUCUGAAGAGAGUUUAUUUUAUUCUCAGAGAUAGGAUUAGAAUUUUCUAGAAUGUUUCUGGUUCAUAACCUGGAAGAUUUAGUUUUAGGUUGUAGUCCCAAAAUAAGUGUUCAUUCUAGCAGAUAAAAUUAUGUCCUGUCAUUUAUUGAUAUUUUGAAGAACUACUUAAAAUUGGAUGAUUUGGGUUAAAAAAAAAAAAUUAGCUGAACCAGCUGGCUUGUUGGAAAAGGUCGGGACCAUUUUAACUGAGAAAAAUAACCUCCACUAAGGGUAUUAGCAGAAACCCAGGGUCUUCGCUGUGUUAUUUCAUUACUAUCAUAAGACACAUUUUUGCUUUGAGAAAAGUUUUGUCCAUUUUAUAAUGUUUAUAUCCUGUCACAGAAAUUAACAUUGAUUUAAUUUUUGGCCAAAGUCAUCCUUUUCCUUAUGUAUUAUUUUAUUAUCAUGUUCAUGUCUUGUGAAAAAUACUAAGGAAUAUGUUUCUUUUUAUUUUUUAUACUUAAAAUCUCAAACAGUUUUGAUUUCUAUUCACAAAGCCUCUCUAUAAAUGGUAAAUCUAAGAUAUUAUCACCAUUUUUUUCACUCCAGAUACUUGUUAUAGGAAGUCUCUAUUUGGUUGAUAAGAGGGACAGUUUUCCCCAAUAUAUAGUCAGUGGCUUAUUUCCAACGGCAAGGGGUACCCAGGACAAAAGCGAAAGUCCAGCAUAUCAGUAUGUUGUUUUCCUUGCAAGACUUGUCAGCGUUAGUGGCUGCCCACAAUUUCUUUUUAAUACUAAUUGACAAGCAUAGAGAGAAGUUUAAAAGUCUAAAAUAUUAGCCACUGAUAGCCUAAUAUUUGAGUAACUGGAACCACCAAUUAUUUCAUUAGAGUGAGUCUUUACAUAAAAAGCUCUGGAAAGAAUUAAAGGAUGAUGAGCUGAGCUGUAUUUUGCAAAACAGAGCUCUAUUUUAGUCAUUAAUUUUAAAGUCAGAAUCUGUGCUCCCCAUCUGCCUUUGUGAAGCUGACCCUGCGCCCCAGUUCUGGAACGACACGAACCGCGUGUGAACUGGGUCCCUCUGUCGCUGUCUGGACACAGCUCCGGGUUUUUCCUCUACGUCGGGCUGAUGGGGCAGAAGCAGAUGGGCUUUCCCGAGCCCCCAAGAUGCGAUUAGGGAAGCAAACAAGCUCUGCUCCAGACAGGUCCCAGACAGGAAAGAAUGCAAUAGACUACAAAAAAGCAAAGCAACCCUUGACUUUUAAUAACAUGGAGGGAGAGAGCAUCACUGCCAGGGCAGGAGGGGGGUGCUGCACCGGCUCGAGCCGACAAAAUGAGUUCUCUGGCAGUCAGCAUGAAUUUAAGGAGGAUGUGAAAUUUCUUGCAUUUUGGUAUGUUUGACAUUGUUUAUGUUGAUUCCUUAAAGUAUUUAAAUGAAAACUGUAAUACUCAGAGAGCCAUUUUGGGUAUUUUAAUUUAAUUGGGUAUUUUAAAUGAAGGAAAGCAAACACAUUUACCCAGAGAAACUGACUCUCAGGCAGCCUUUCCGUGUCCUUUAUCAGCACCAUGAUUGUAGAUCACUUACCUUUCUUGUAAUGUCAGGAAAUGUGUUCCAUUCAUGGGAACUUUGGAAACCUAAUUGAGAGUACAUUUUAGGAAGUAGAGUGAUUGAAUAUACCUCUCAAAAGUCAACAGAUCUUUAAAAUGAGAGCUAAGUCCCUAAAAAUCCGGAAGUCUGGUUUCAUACCCUGCAAUGAAUUCAGCAUUGCAUUGGCACUUGAAAGAAAUGUAUCGCUUAUACUUCAAUGAGAAGACUCUGACUUCACACUGCACCUCCUAAUAUGGUGCAUGUGGCACAGAACAGGCAUUUUGUUUAUAUCUAAUGGAGUCAGACAGACACAGUUGUCAGAAAUGAGCCCUAACAUACUGUAGUCGCCACAGAAAACAGCAGCCUCGCCUGCCACGUAGAACGUCCACACUUAAAUAAUGGAAGCUUUCUUUUCUUCCUUUCUUGCUCAGAAAUUUGUUCAGUCUAUUAAUUAUUUUUUAAGUGGUCCCAGCAGUAAACUUUUACAGUGUAAGAAAUCUUCCUCAGAGUACGUGAUCUGGAAUCAAACUGUUACAAGAUACGUAACUUUAUGCCCUUCUCAGCAGUGUGGUAGAUGAAGAAUUCCUAAAUUCCAGCUGAAUUGUUAGGCCUGACCUACUGCUCAGAGUUUGUACUUUGAGACCAGAACUGAUUUCUUCAUGUCAUGAGAGUAUGCUGAAAGCACCGAAGAACCUUUUGGAAAACAUUUAUUUGCGGAGCCGUUUCUUGGCCUCCUGAAUUGGCCAAUCUCCCACCAUGGAUCUACUUGCUCCCUAUUUACUGCAGGGGCAGAUCACAUUUUUUUACGUGACAAGGCAGAAGGAGCUUCCGGAACCCAGAUGUGUCUCAGAGGGCAAAGGUGUCCUCAAUGAAUAGGCUCGCCUUUCCGUCUGGGGCCCCAGACAGUCCCAACCCGGGUUUAGAAAGGAGCCUCAGGCCUGGGCACAGGGGCACCAAAGGAGCGUACCCCAAACAUUCUCCUUCUCACGUCACCUUUACUUCUUGCAGUCACUAAGCUUCAGCUCUGUGUGCAGAUACAGACCACCAGUGGGAUUUCUAGCCAGCCAGCCCACUCGCUGCUUCGUUUCAAAACACCAUCAUCCCCAGUUAAGAAAUCCCAUUGUACAGGUGGCAAGACUUCUGGCAAAGUGUCGGAGGAUCCUGUGGCAGCUGUCCCCACCUCAGCCAAACCUUUGGAAAGGGGGGGUCCGUUUCAGCUAAUGCUGGGCCAGCGCAGCUGAGCAUGAGAGCAGAGCCCCAUGGGGCUGCUUUUCCCGCCGGGCGUUCGUAGCUGAGCGGAGCCCGGAGCUGGCCCGAGCCUGGCAAAAUCGUUCGUGCUCCAGGCCCCUGCAGGCUACACGCUGUGGCAUCCCCAGCCACCGCCGAAGCCAAAGCAGCAGCCUCCCCCAUGUCCUGGUGCCUUCCUGGGGGGAGCAGGAUCCCUCACCCCCAUUGCCCUCUUGCUAUUUGCGGACACCCAGGCAGAAGGGCCUGUCCCGGAACAUCUUUGCUGCCUUGCAUUUCUUUGGGCCCUGAGUGGUCUCCCCACCUUCAUUUUUCAACCUUCUGCUUCAAGGCAGCUUUAUGUUGCCAGUUCUCCAGGGAGGGGCCUGGGCAGCUCUGGUGCCCCCUCCCCAUGGCUGUAGUGACACAGCCCAGUCCCCAAACACACUCAGAAGAGGGUCUGCAGGAAGCAGACAUUUACUUUGAUUUUGGCCUCACAAUCUCAUGUCAGCACCACACCGUUAGUCCCAGUUCUUGGCAGCACAUGCUGAUUUUUGCACAACUUCACCACAAACACGACCGCUAACAAACACCUAAAACCGGGGGUCUGUGGAAAUCACUGGGCUCCAUGACAGUCACCCGGGUGCCCUCCCAGAGACGCCUUUGAGCCACGUGCAAAGGCUGCAGCUCCCCACUGUGUGGCUACUGCGUCAAGAAGGACAGGUGGGUUACCUGUGCUUACCUGCCCGCUCACACCCUCCAUGGCGGCCGCACAGCUGGAGGGCGCUACAUUCAUCUGUACCAACCAUACACACGCGUACUUACCCCUUUCUUGCUUUUCGUUGCCAAAGCUGAAUGGUAAAUAUGUCUUGAAAGUAUUUGGACGAAUUGUGGCUAAUAGAAUUAAUUUAGCCACCAUAAUUUUUUUAAAUAUUAAAAUCUCUAAAUAUUUUUCCGAGGCAGAGCAACUCAGAGUCCAGAAAGUUGGUUGUAUUGUGAAAUUUUUGAUGGUGCUUACGAAUUUGUAUCUUUUUAAAUGGCAGGUGGUUUUUUUUUGUUGUUUUUUUUUUUUUUUUUAAGAAUAUAUCGACGGGAGUAAAAGAGGCAAAGUGCCGUCCCACCUCAGGUCAAUUUUGUAGAAUGUUAAAUUGCCGAUGUCUUGUGCCACUUGCCAGUUUGGGGGCUUUUCCUUAUCAGAUGCCUUUGUUAUAUUUGUGCUGUUACAUCACUUAGCACAUCUCUACCUUGAGAAGUCACCACUGCAAUGCCAACUAGCAUUUGGGAAACAUCAGAGUGGAUCCAGGGUCAAACCACUUUCUUCACCUAAAAUACAGGCACUAGCUUUUAUUUUUAUUUCUUCAAUAUCUCUUCUGUGGCUUAGAAAUGUGCCAACGUGUUCCAAACAUUCUGUACCGAUUUCAUCAGAUUUACUACAAAGCAGUCCUUUGUUUCCUACAUAACAUUAAUUUUUAAGCAAAGCACUCUAUGCAUUCUUUUGUUAUUUCAAGCUUUGGUUCAGGUGACAAGAAUGGCAAGCUGUGACCAUCAUCAGACUAAUUGAUUCCUGAUUUCCGGCGGGGGAUUUAAUCCUCUGUGUUCACAGCGUGGAGUCUGGGAGUGUAACUAACUGGAGCCACUCGCUGAUUAACAUGACAGUUUCCCUUUUUUUUGUGGUUGCUCUCAAUCUGUACUGUAUUAAGACAUGUGGGUUUGAAUAUUUACAAGUAUACGCACAUGUAUAUGUAUUCCACUAUUGUAACCGGAAAGAAAGACUAUGUAUUAUCUUUUUUAUUCAGUGCUGGUGUUUGUGUUAUUUAAAAAAGCAAACUGUUGCUCUAUCUAGUUGUGUAAUCUCAUGGGAUACUCUGCUGUGCACAAUUCCAAGUGCCUUAGAACAUGGUUUAGCUUUCCUAAGUAUAUGUAAAUGCAUAUAUGUAUAAAGUUGGGAAAAGUUACCUCAAUAAAAUCAUUGGGAAAUGCUCA